AUGGCUAACACAGAAGCAUCAAAUAACCUUGCCAAGCAGCUGCCGUCGAUGGCGCCCUACUUGACUGCCAGCGCGAAAUCAGCAUUUGGCAAGCGGCUGGCAUCAGCUGGAAAGAAGUUUCAGACUAUGGGGCAGUACGGCAAUGGAGAGUUCAAGAAGAUUUCUGAAACAAUGAUCAAGAUCGGUAAGGUUCUAUCGAAACGCCCGGUGAUUCAAGCUGAAGUAGAGGCCACGAAAGAAAAACGAAAGCUGAAGUUUGCAGGAGCUGAAUUCGAAUUGACAGCACAAAAUGCCUAUAUCGGUGCUGCAGUUGGACUGGUUUUCGGGUUUUUCUCCUGGCAGCUGGCCCAAGGCGUGCAAAGCAGUCCAGAUGACAGCCAGUUCUUCUUUUUCUUUCUGAUGCAGCCGCUCAAGGUCCCGCUGCUGCUUCUCGGCUACACUUCGACGGCCCUGUCCGCGGCCGCGGCGGUGGGGCUCGUGGUGCUGGCUCUGCAGAUGAACCCCGAGGACAAAUCGGACUAA